CCCGCCGUUUCAGUCACAAAACCGAACCCAGGCACAAAAUCCAUUUCACUCUUUAUAAAUAGAGAAAGAGAAAGAAAGGGGAAAGCACUGUUUUCACUGACCAAUUAUCUUCGUCUCUCUCUCGAUUCUUCCAAACGGUGCUUCGAUCGGAAACCCUAACUUUCACUUACGUCCGUCAAUGGAGCUUCGUUCUCGUCGACGCCUCUCCAAUCCUUCAGUUUCCGGGAAGGAGCAACCACCUGGGGAUGAUGCUGUUGGGGAAGAUGAAACUACUACUGGCAAGGGCAGUAACAAUAAAGACAAAGGUGUUGCUGUUAUAUCAUCAAAUUCAGAUAUAGUUUCUGGUCCUGAUUCAGAUUCUGAUUACGAAGAUGAAGAAUUUGGUGUUGGCUCCUUACCUGACUUGAAUCAAGAUCCUUCAAGCAUUAGUGUUUCUAGUGCAGAAGAUUAUGCUUCUGAUUCAUCUGAUGGUGGCAAGUCUUCGUACAAAAGAGGAAAGGCGCUGCUGUCCAGAGGGAAAAGAAAAAGUUUCAACACUGAAUAUGGAGAACCAAGUGACGUGGUUAGAGUAGCGGAGUACAAAGAUGAUGAUGCUCAAUUUGCAAUCUUUCAGGAACUAUCAGUUCCGUCUGUUUCUAAGGGUACUAAGAGGAGGAAAUAUUCAAGAAAAGGAAGAAAAGGAGAUUCAAAGCCUGUGUUGUUGUGGAAUGCGUGGGAAGAGGAGCAAGAGAAAUGGAUUGAUAGGCAUAUGUUAGAAGAUGUUGACUUGGAUAAUCAUAGUGAGGUAAUGAAUGAAACUGCUGACAUACCCUCUGAUCUGACAAUGCCUUUACUUAGAUAUCAAAAGGAAUGGUUAGCCUGGGCUUUGAAACAGGAAAGUUCUGCAAGUAAAGGUGGAAUACUUGCAGAUGAAAUGGGAAUGGGGAAGACUGUUCAAGCAAUUGCUCUUGUCCUCGCCAAACGUGAAUUUGAACUAGGUUGUGAACCAGAUCAAUCCAUACCAUGUUCAUCCAGCCUGAAGCCUGCGAUCAAAGGAACGCUUGUCAUAUGUCCUGUGGUUGCUGUCACUCAGUGGGUUAGUGAGGUUGAUCGCUUUACUUUAAAAGGAAGCACCAAGGUGCUGAUUUAUCAUGGGGCAAAUAGAGGGAGGAGUGGGAAUCGGUUUGCAGAUUAUGAUUUUGUGAUAACUACGUACUCUGUUGUUGAGAGUGAGUACAGGAAGCAUAUGUUGCCUCCAAAAGAGAGAUGCCCAUAUUGUGGAAAAUUAUUUUUGCCGAAUAAGUUGAUGUAUCAUCAGAUUUAUUUUUGUGGUCCUGAUGCUGUUAGAACAGAAAAACAAUCAAAGCAAGCUAAGAAAAAGAAAAGAGAAGUUACCAAGGGGAAGACCAAGAAAUCUGACAGUAAGAUAUCAAAGAGUUCUAACACGAAAAAGGAAGAGGAAAUGUGGAUGGAUGAAGAAGAUUUAGAUGCACCUGUGCGUAGCGAUAGGUCAAUUCUUCAUGCUGUGAAAUGGCAGCGGAUCAUAUUGGAUGAGGCACACUAUAUAAAAUCUAGACAUUGUAACACUGCCAAAGCAGUUCUUGCUUUAGAGUCUACCUACAAAUGGGCGCUAAGUGGCACCCCCCUUCAGAACCGAGUUGGAGAGCUGUAUUCUCUGAUACGGUUCCUGCAAAUAACUCCUUAUUCCUAUUACUUGUGCAAGGACUGUGACUGCAGGAUUCUUGAUCAUAGCACUAAAGAAUGUUCAGUUUGCACCCACAGUUCUGUGCGGCAUUUCUGUUGGUGGAAUAAAUAUGUUGCCACACCAAUUCAAUCUUAUGGAAAUGGGGAUGCUGGGAAAAGAGCCAUGAUAUUGCUCAAACACAGAGUUUUGAAGAACAUAGUAUUAAGGCGCACUAAAAUAGGCAGGGCUGCUGAUCUUGCACUUCCACCUAGAAUUGUUUCAUUGAGAAGGGAUUGCUUGGAUAUUAAAGAGCAAGAUUAUUAUGAAUCAUUAUACAAUGAAAGUCAGGCACAAUUUAAUACAUAUAUUGAAGCAAAUACUCUGAUGAAUAAUUAUGCUCAUAUAUUUGACCUCCUCACACGACUGCGUCAGGCAGUUGAUCAUCCAUACCUUGUGGUAUAUUCUCAAAGUGCAGCAUCAAGAAGUGGAGUUCUGUCUAAUAAUGUUACUGUUGAACAAGUUUGUGGCAUUUGCCAUGAGCCAGUUGAAGAUGUUGUGGUUACCUCCUGUGAACAUGCAUUUUGCAAGGCAUGCUUGAUAGACUUCUCUUCUUCCUUGGGACGAGUUUCAUGCCCCACAUGCUCUAAGUUACUUACUGUUGAUUUAACAUCCAACAAGGAUGUUGGGGAUCAGGCUAAUAAAACAACAAUUAAGGGUUUUAGAUCCUCAAGCAUUUUGAAUAGAAUUCGCCUUGAGAACUUUCAGACAAGCACUAAAAUAGAGGCUCUGAGGGAAGAGAUAAGAUUCAUGGUUGAAAGGGACGGCUCUGCCAAAGGGAUUGUUUUUAGCCAAUUCACAUCAUUCCUGGAUCUUAUAAACUACUCUUUGCACAAGUCUGGAGUAUCUUGUGUUCAGUUGAAUGGAAGCAUGUCAUUGGCUGCUCGGGAUGCUGCCAUUAAGAGAUUCACUGAAGAUCCAGACUGCAAAAUUUUUCUCAUGAGCUUGAAGGCUGGGGGUGUUGCACUCAAUUUGACAGUAGCUUCACAUGUCUUCCUUAUGGACCCUUGGUGGAACCCGGCUGUGGAGCGCCAGGCUCAAGACAGAAUUCACCGAAUAGGGCAAUACAAGCCUAUAAGAAUUGUGAGGUUUGUCAUUGAAAACACAAUCGAGGAGAGAAUUCUGAAACUGCAAGAGAAGAAGGAACUAGUGUUUGAAGGGACUAUAGGUGGCUCUUCUGAUGCUCUUGGGAAAUUGACAGAGGCAGACUUGAGAUUUUUAUUUGUUACCUAAGCAGGCUUGUUAUCUCGACCAGAAAUUUCUCGAUGCUUCUGGUCAUUCAUUUUGCAGAACAAUAUUUUUUAUUUAUAUAGAAAAAUUGCAUUAGUUGUAAAUUAUUGGCCCACCCUAGUUGCCACAGCCCAAGAAACACAGCACUGUACUGUUGAAAAGUGGAUUUUCAGCUUCAGGUUUUCUAUUUCAAUCGUGGAAUUUUUAGAAAAUUUAUAGUAAACUUCAUGCGAGAUAUAAAGAUGCCAGAUGAUGUAGCUUACUGUUUUUUUUUUUUCGUUUUAUGGUUUAUUGGAGAAACUUUUUGAAGUUCGAAUAAAUGACUCAUUCAUGCUGAUAAGUGAGAAUGCAGAACAUGGUACAUUAGUAGUUACGGAGUGGAAAGGUGUUAGUCGAA